AGUGGAUCAGUUUUCUGCGAUGCCGUGCGGUGAUCGGACGUGUCCCGUGGACGUGCGUGUUUCGUUUUUCCGCUAAGCGGCUGUGUACCGUGUGUGAAUGUGUGUUUAGGUGUGUGUGCGUGUUUGAAGGUGAAAUCUGCAGUGUGAACUGGCUACCAGACGGUGCGACAAAUAAAACAGGUAUACCUGCGCUUCUUGGUGUGUUGAUUGAGUAGAAAUAAUAUCGGUCGGAAACACUAAACCAACAAUAAGUGAAGUGAAAAAGCUCCCACCGAAAAAAAAAAACUUGCCUGCCAAGUGAACCGUGAGUGCGCGGUGAAGAAGUGUAGUGCGUGCGUUCUCCCUGCUAGCUUGUAGUGGAAUCCUUCCGCCGGAAUUGCUUUCCAGUUGCAUCGAAUGCGGCCAGCGGAUUGCUCUGCUCCGUUUCCAUGUUGAUUACAUGAAACAUAAUGGAUAUCCUGGGACACUUACAAUGGACCUCAAUAGGCUAUUGAAGGUCUUCCCGGGCAUAGCGUUAACAUGGGUUUGCUUCCUGGUAGCAACGUACUGUGUUAAGCUGACCGAGGCGAGGAUAGGCUACUUCUGGCACAUAACGGAUUUACAUCUGGAUACGUACUACACUACCAAGGGCGAUAUCUUUCGCAGUUGCUGGCUUAACGAACAUCACUCGAACACGGCCAGUGCCAAGCGCCCGGGCCCGUACGGAGAUUACAUGUGCGACAGCCCAUGGAGCCUGCUGGAAUCCGCCACGCAAGCCAUGAAGUCCAAGCAAGGUGAUAACGUCGAGUUUGUCCUGUGGACUGGUGAUGGACUUUCUCAUUCUGCCAAGCGAAUGCACGAAACCAAGCGAUUGGACGUGCUGCGUAACAUUACGGAGCUGAUGAGCCGAACGUUUCCGUCACAGUUUGUGUUUCCGGUGCUCGGCCACGAGGACGGUAGUGCCAACUUCGAACAGCUCGGCGACCUCUGGCGCCACUGGUUGCCGCUCGAGGCGGUGCAAACGUUCGAAAAAGGUGGCUACUAUACGAUCGAACAGACAAAGAGCCGGCUGAGAAUAAUAGCUUUAAACACGAACUACAUGCGACACGACGCCAAGUACUCGCAGUCGCACUCGUCCGCGGUGAAGCAGCGGCCGGACGGGUCCUACCACUACCCAGCGGGCGGCCACUACGGGGACCACCACAUGGGCAAACACUACCACAGCCGGGAGGGCAGCUCCUCCGGCUAUCUGUACAGCGACCGGCGGAACGGAUAUAGUAGCAGUAGUAACCUAGCGGACAGUGGUAUCGGUGGCCACGCCAGUGCAUUAUCGGGAUCAAGCAGCCACGAGUCGGAGAAGCAAUGGGAGUGGCUGGAGGAGGUUCUAGCAAAGUCGAGUAGAAAUAAGGAAACUGUAUAUAUCGUAGGACACAUACCACCAGGCUCGGACGAGCGCCACAUUGGCCACACGGUACCGUUCGGGCAUUCCAGCUUCACCGAGAAGAACAACGUGCGCUAUCUGCGGCUGGUGAAGCGAUACUCAUCGAUCAUCCAGGGACAGUUCUUCGGCCAUCUACAUUCGGAUUCGUUCCGAGUGGUUUACAAUGAAGUUGGAAAACCUGUCUCCUGGAUGAUGAUUGCGCCAUCGAUAAGCCCACGGAGAAGCAGCGAGUCCAACAAUCCCGCCAUGCGGCUGUACAAAUUCGACACCGAUACAGGGCAGGUCUUAGACUACACGCAGUACUAUCUAGAUUUAGAGCAAGCGAACAAGCUGGAGGAAGCCGUCUGGCAGCCUGAGUACAACCUUACCACCUACUACUACGGUCUCAGCGAGGUGUCCUCGCUGGCCCUGCACAAUCUGGCCGAUCACUUCAACAACGCGGACGACGCGCAAUUCAUGAAGUACUACAGGGCGAACUCGGUGCGCCACGCGACCAGCAGCUGCGAGGGAGUCUGCCUGCUCAACCACUACUGUGCCAUUACCAGGCUGGACUAUCGCGAGUUUCGCAGCUGCCUGGAGACGGCGGCCAAAGCGCUGGCCUCGAAAAAUGCCAGCCCCGCGGGACUGCUCGGUCCGAGCUUUGCCCUCAACCGGUUGCUCAUCGCCACCGUGCCAGCCGCUCUGCUGCUGCUGUGUAUGUUCGCUUCCAGCACCAUCAGCUCGCUGGAAGUGGUCCGGAUUGCUUUCGCAGGCCCGUGCAUUGGUUUGCUUCGCUCGGUCGCUUUUAUUGUUUCGUGUUGGCGCUUCGCUGCGGGCUGCUGGAUGAUGGCGAUUGGUCACGUCACGCUGCUGCUGGCCUGCAUCGGGGCCAUCCGUGACGCUGCGUUCGUACCGCUAGUAAGUGCAUUCUCCUGUACUUUUCUCUGUUUGUCUCAACGAUGGCCGGCAAAGGUGGGGUCCGCUGGGAUGAUGCGCCAACUGAGAGCUUCUACGGUCAAUGGGAUGAAUGAGAAAGACAUGUGCAUAGCAUUCAGUUUGAAGUAGACAAUUUUUCAUAACAGCGUCUGUUAACAUGUUCGUUGAAUGCGUUGAAUUCUGCAAAAUAAUUAAGUUUGUCAUUUUGGUAGUAGAUUCAUUAUCCUCUGUUUGAUAUUCAAUAUAACGACUCAAUAUGCUAUCAAUACGGUGUGUUUAUUUGUAUGUUUGAAGCUUUUUUUAAACCACAAUUAAAUUUCCUUAUCAUCCAUACUAAGUUAUUAAACUAAAAGUGGCAAGGAGGUUAACAGAUGUGUGUUACAUUAUUGCAAACAGUGGAACUCUAGUAAAAAGUAAACAAAUGAAUGUGAUACAUAAUAAAACAAACAACAACAAAAGAAAAGAAAGAUAAUGCAUCGUAAACCCACAAAACAGCCAAAAGCAGGAUCAUCCAUUGUUGGCUUCAAGGUAAGUUGAUUGACAAAUUCUAUAGCAAAAUCAAGCUUAGCUAAAGUUUUAUUGCGAUUUAAGUCGUCGCUCAAUGCUCACCUUUCGCCGGUGGGACAGGUUACUUGCAUUCGCGGAAAAUAAAACCCCCAAACGAAGCGAUAGAACGAACAGCACUCUCGUUCCCCAAAAGCUUCUCGUAAAGCAAAUCUUUAUUACUUUCUUCCUCGCCGUGUACAUACACCCAGAGACUAAAGGAAAGGUAGGGCAUCGUUUUAUGUUUUAAAAUCCUCCCCCGAUUAUGCACCCAAUAAUGAAUGUUACGCUCUAUUACCUACACAUUAAAAGGAAGGAAGAAACAAAACAACUACAGGUUUAUCAGGGGAUGCAAGUUGUAAAAACGCAAAGGAAUCAACAUUCGAUUCUGUUUCCGUUCUAUCGUUGAUUGUUUCGAAAUGGUGUGCUAAUGCCCAGCAAACGUGACAGAGAAUUCACUCAUUGGUAGGUUAAUUCAACUCCGACAAAGGGAUUACUUUGCACGGAAGGGAAAGGCGUUAGCUCUACUUCCUACUCAACUAUGGCCAUUAGUAGCAAAACACUAUGUCUCAGUGAAACACACAUACACACACAAAAACAGAACGAUAUACGCCCGUCAAGCGACGCAUACAUAGGUAAAAGCCAAAUUUUUCUAGAGCUUUGUGACCCCCCUCUCAAUGUGGAAUAAUGAGGGAUGGGGUUAGACGAGGGGAAGGCAAAGCAAAACCAUCGCGCGUUUUACAUCGCAUUCGUUUUACCCAUUUGCAUCACAACUUAAAUGUAAAGAGAGAAACAAACAAAGCAAAAAAAAACACUCAAACUCACACUCAAACGCGCUCCACAGGACUCCUGCUCAUUGUCGCUGGUGCUGGUGGUGGGGCGUGAAACCAGCAAACGGGACGGAUCUAAUAAAUAUUUUAAAACACACAUCCAAACUUAGUCACUAGUUAAAACCCCAGCGAAGAAAAAAAAACAUUAUCGUACUGCAGAGAAAAUGAGUGAACAUUUGGAAAGCGAAAAAAAUAUAAAAAAAAAAAACAAUAACGCAAAAGAAUAAAGUGAAAACCAAAAAAAAAACUAACCAGGACGUGAGCAGGGAAUGUUACAG